AUGUGGCUCCAAGCGGCCCUUUUGAUUGCUGCGUGCGUGUCGCCCGCAGCGGCUAUCUAUCCUGAUGAGGUGAAUCACAUUGACUUCCACCAUGCUCUCCUCGGUGCCCCCUCCCCCGACUCGACCUUCUUCCUCAAGCCUUCCUCUGCUUCGAAUGCAUCCCUCCUCUACACAAUUUCCGACAAAUCCAUUCUAGGUGCCGUCAAUCCCCGUGAUGGCGCGUUACUAUGGCGCAAGGACCUCUCACGGUUAGGGUCUUCCACCAACGCGGGCGGUAUUCUACGCGGCUCAGAUGGCCAUAAUGCUGUUGUCGGCGCAGCCGGAAACUAUAUCUCAUCUUGGACUGCCCAGGACGGCAAGUUAAUUUGGGAAAACAAAUUCCCCGAGGGGGUUGUUGCCGACGUUGAGCUAUUGGAGCUGGAGGAGGCCAGCGCGACAUCCGGUGCCAGAGAUACUCUGGCAUUAGUUGGUAGCGACAGUGUCAGCGUCGUGAGACGGUUGGAUGGCAAUACCGGAAAGACGAAGUGGGAAUCGAAGGAUGCCAGUGGUGACGUUGCUCUCCAUGUGUCAUCUUCCCCCACCGAGGUCUUCUACGUUUCGCUCCAGUCGGCUUUGCUGAAAGGCUACAAGAUCAAGGUCACUGCACUGGAUCCUGUAAAUGGUCGCCAAACUCGGCAAUAUAUCUUGAACUCGGAGAAUGAAAUCCCAACUCCGGAAUCCGUUCUUCAUGUAGGCGCCAAUGUUGCCUCGCCUUUGAUCAUCUGGGCGGAUAAGACGCACAAGAGUCUAAAGGUCAAUGUCAUUGGUACAAAGCAAAUCCAAACCAUCAAUAUCGAAAACACAUCCGGUCAGGAGAUCCGUCAGAUCACCGUUCACGCUCCCCACAAACUGAAUUCGCUCCCACACUUCAUGGUUCACUAUGUGACCGAAACCGGUGCAUGGGCGGAGGUCUACCAUGUGGACUUGAAGUCUUCUGCUAUGAACAAGGCUUACCAACUGCCUUUCCUGCAGGGACAGUCCGUUGUGGCCACUAGCAACAUUGACGCUAAUGUUUACUUUACCCGUGUCACUGACUCAGAAGCUGUCAUUGUUUCCUCCUCAUCCCACGGAAUUUUGGGACGCUGGGAUGUGGAGACUGCUUCUAAUGAACGUGCACUGCAUGCGGUGGCAGAAGUCAUUGCCAAAGGAAAGUCUGUGGCUGGCCGUGCAGUUGUUUUGCGGGAAGCUGGAGCAUGGGAGCUGGUCCGCAACGGUCAGACCGAAUGGACUCGACAUGAAGCUCUGAUUGAUGCCGUGGCUGCCACCUGGGUGGAACACGAAGUCCAGGAGAACCUGGCCCAUGAGCUGGAAGUCGAAGGACACGAGACCUUGGUUGGCGCAUACAUCCAUCGUGUAAAGCGCCACAUUCGUGAUCUUCAGCAUCUUCCAGACUGGCUUAAGGAACUCCCUCAGCGUAUCAUUAGCAGUGUUUUGACGGAUGAGGUCACCAAUCUUGAUAACUUUGGUGUUUCCAAGCCGGUUAUCGUUGCCACUAAGAGUGGUCGCUUAUAUUCAUUAAACACCGGCAAGCAAGGCGCCGUGGAGUGGAGUGUCCAGGUCGAGGAAACCUCGGAAUGGAAUGUCAAGUCUAUUUCCACCCGACCUGGAGAGGCCACGGUCUAUGCCAGUGACGGAAGCUCUGCCACUGUCAAUGUCUCUACCGGCGAAGUCAUCUCUCGCUCUGUGCCUACAAACGUCAAGCUGCAAUCCAUUGUAUCUCUUGGCAACAAUCCAGUCCUUGGCAUCCAAGAAGAUGGUUCCCCAAUUACUGCCUUUGACGAUAACACCGGAUUCUUGGUGACUGCCAGUGCCGACGGCCGUGUUCUUGGUUGGUACGCACAGGACAACAAGUCUCCAGUAUGGGAAUUCGUGCCUCCCUCUGGCCAGAAGGUCGUUCAUGCAACAUCUCGUGCUGUCCACGAUCCAAUUGCGUCGAUUGGAAAGGUUCUCGGUGACCGGUCUGUUCUGUACAAGUACCUGAGCCCUAAUCUGGCUCUGGUCACUGCCGUCAACGAGAAGAACAACACUGCCGGAUUUUAUCUUCUGGACGGUGUAUCCGGCAAGGUACUUUAUGCUACCACCCAGUAUGGUGUUGACCCAACGCAACCUAUCGCAUCGGUCAUUACUGAGAACUGGUUUGCCUACUCUUUCUUUGGCAAUAUUGUCGACGAGUCCUCCGCCAAGGGGUACCAGCUCGUGGUCUCCGAGCUUUACGAGUCAUCCAUUGCCAAUGAUCGAGGUCCUUUGAAUUCCGCUGGAAACUUCUCCAGUCUCCAGGGUGAUGGUAACCCCCCAUUGCCACAUGUCGUUUCCCAGGCAUUUGUGAUUCCUGAACCUAUCUCUCACAUGGCCGUCACUCAGACUCGUCAAGGUAUUACCACUCGCCAGCUUCUCUGCACUCUUCCAGAGUCGAGUGCUAUCGUCGGCAUUCCUCGUCCCGUUUUGGACCCUCGCCGUCCUGUUGAUCGAGACCCCACCUCUUCCGAGGCGGAAGAAGGUCUUUUCCGUUACUCCCCACUCCUUGAGUUUGAUGGCAGAUGGUUCCUCACCCACGCUCGUGAUGUUUCGGGCAUCAAGACUGUCUUGUCCCAGCCUACCCUGCUGGAGAGUACAAGUCUCAUCUUCGCUUUUGGUGGCGAUAUUUACGGAACACGGGUUACCCCCAGCCAAGCUUUCGAUGUUCUUGGCAAGAGCUUUUCUAAGAUGCAACUCGUUCUGACGGUGGUUGCAUUAUCGAUUGGUGUUGCCUUCUUGGCCCCGAUGGUCCGAAAGAAGCAAGUCAACCAAUUGUGGAAAGCGGUUUAG